AUGAGACUCUUCUUGCUUCUCCUGGCUCGGCCGUUUCUCGCCGCCAGCGAAGCGGGGGACAAUGCAGCAUUUUUGGUCCCUGAGGAGGGCGCCGAUGAAGCCCUACAGCUUCUUCAGCUUCGCGGGAGGGAGAUGCGGAGGGAUGGUGUGGAGGUUCGUGUGUUCCGGCAUUGUGUGCGACGGGUGAGUACCAAGGUGAAGGGUGCGAAGCCAGGCUACACGCAUGCCGGCAACUACACGCGGCGUCGGCUGCCUGCGUGGAACACCCCAGAGAUGUGGUGCACAGGCCGAGGGGCCGACCUGAUCGAAAGCGAAGGCCAGCAGCUGGCAAAGCUGCAGAAUGCAACGAUGGACCCAUCGGCGCUGAAAGUGCUUGUGGAUGUGGAUCAGCGGGAUGCCUCGACAGCAAACGCCUUGAUGCAGGGCUUCGCGGAUCGCAGCGAAGUCUUCACGGCUAAGGCAGAGUACUUCCCGCUUCUAUUCCAUGCCUAUGCUCCACACAAGGGCCGCGGAGUAUGUCCUAGUCCGGAUCCGGAGAUGGACAUGGCGCAAAAAAUCCAGCUGCUCAAGGACACGCCCAUGCCGAUGGGCAUCGGCUUCGCCCACAACCUGAAUCACACCAGGUACCUCGAAGUGCUGCAGCUGCUGGAAAGCUUAGUUGGCAUCGGAGCUGCGGGGCCGCUGACU